GUAAAGUACUCGCAUCAUGCAUAGGUAUGCAAGAAACUGAUGUCACGUCGUUGAUGUGCAGAGCCCUGUCAUCAAGGCACUGUCCGAGAACUAGCACCAUUCCAGGGUCGUUGACACAUAACUUGCUCGUGCAAGUAGAACACCGCCAAGUAUUGUAUUGUAUCAGAGAUGCCUGCAUCGCGUCCGUCGAAGUAACAAGGUGGUGUGCCGAACGCCUUUAUCACCCUCCCUCCGUCAGGAUCCAAACAGCCCUUAAGCCCCGAAAGGAGAGCCGUAAGGUUCCAUGAGAAGAGAUAGAUCAACUAUUACACGCUAGGCUUUCAUCAUCUAUUGUAUGUUAGCAAAUUGUGCGCAUUAGGC